UUCCGAAGCUCUCAUGGUGUUUCUCCUGGCUCUUUUGUCCCAGGUGGCCAGCCUGGCGGCCACUCUUUUCUCCCUACUGCUGUCAUGGGCCCUUUUCUACCAUUUCUCCACCACCCAAAUGCCUGCUGGAAUUGGUCAGCCGUUGAAAGUCAGGAUCCUGCAUGUUUGCAGCAUCAUGGUUUACUGCCUGGGCCACAUUUUAUGGCAAAUAGGCCUCUGUGGUCGAUUUACUGUCCUCCAGCUCCUCGUCGAUGGAUUCCCAUCAAGGAAAGACCCAUCGCUCUUCAUUAAGGAUACAUACUUCAACACCAUACCAGUCCGGAUCUACCAACCCAAAGAACCUUCUUCUGAACCAAGGAAAGGAGUCAUCUUCUUUCAUGGAGGAGGUGGCACAUUUGGAAGCAUUGAUGCCUAUGAAAGCGUGUGCUCUUACAUGGCCCGGAAAAGUGAUUCGGUGGUCGUGUCUAUUGGGUACCGCCUUGCUCCAGAGCACCACUAUCCUGUCCAGUUGAAUGACUGCAUCGCAGCCGCCGAGUAUUUCAUGAAGAACAUUGAAGGCUUUGGGGUCAACCCCGCUCGCAUUGUCCUGAGUGGCGAUUCCAUUGGAGGAAUGAUGGCCGCGUUCCUGGCCCAAGAGCUAGCGAAGAGGAAGGACCUUCCAAAACUGCGGGCUCAGAUCCUGGUGAGCCCAUUCCUCCAGGCCCUGGAUUUCAACUUUCUUUCAUACCAAGAAAACCGGCUGGUCCCUUUUCUUUCCCAGAACGAUUUCCUGCAUUUGAUGUUCCUCUACAUCAGCAGAAACACAUCGUCAACGGAGAUCGCCGUGUCGGAAACCCACAUCCCCGAAGAGAAGAGAGUCAUCUACCAGAAGUGGCUCAAUGCGGAUGACAUCCCCAAAGAACUGAAAGCGAGAGGGUUCUACCAGGAGUUACAGAUCUCCACUUGUCCCCUGGACAAUAUCCACACCUUAAUGAAAAUGAUCACAGAGACCCAUAUUUCCCCGCUUAUAGCCGAAGAUGCCAUCAUUCGGCAGCUUCCGGACACCUUCAUCUUAACCUGUGAAUAUGACGUCCUGAGAGAUGAUGGCCUCUUGUACAAGAAACGGUUGGAGGACAACGGGAUCAAGGUCUCGUGGUGCCACCUCAAAGAUGGGUUCCAUGGAGUCUUCCUCCUUUACAAUCGCUUGUUCCUCAAUUUCGCCUUCUGCCAAAGAGGAUUAGAUAGAGUAGUGAGCUACAUCAACAGUUUGUAGGCAUGCAGUUGUCCAGGUCGAUGUCAGGUUAGAAGCCUUCCUCUUUUGCAAUGGCCAUCAGUGAGAUGUGUGCGGGUC